GCCUUAUCCACUGUCCUGUUCACUCUAUCCACGGAGAACCUUAACUAACAUCCUCCGUAGAUCGUCGAUAACCCACCAAACAUCCUCCGUAGAUCGUCGAUAACCCACCAGGUCCCGGUGCCGAAACACCAUAACCUCUACCUUCUCAUCUUAUUUCUGCGGACCACCGAAACGAAGGCCUCGAAGCCACCUCCAGCUGGUGGGUAAUCGACGGCGGUCGUCCUUCCAAAGGCGACCGUGACGUCGUUCGGAGCCUCAAAGAAAUAUAAAAACCCUAACUCUAACCCAAGAAUCUUGAUCCCAACCACAUUCUCUUCCUUCCAAACCUUAUCUCUUCUCUUCUCUCCCGUCUCGCCUUGCGUUCUAUAGGCAAUGGCGUCCACCCCCGCGGAGAUCGAAGUCGUCGCGGAUCCCAAAGCCCAGCAGAACGGGAUCCCCGCUGGGGGUGAUACCGCUGUCGACCUCGUCGUCGACGUCUACUCCGCCUCCGCCUACGGGGACUUGGAGAAGCUCCGUAGCUUCGUGGAGAGGCAUGGGCAGUCCGUCGCCAGGCCCGACGGCAAUGGCUAUUACGCCCUUCAGUUGGCCGCCCUCAACAACUAUGCUGAUAUCGCCGAGUACAUAAUUGAGCAUGGGGGCGAUGUGAACGCCGCCGACCAUACGCAGCAGACGGCCCUUCAUUGGGCGGCGGUCCGUGGUUCAAUUGCGGUGGCUGGCGUGCUGCUUCAGAAUGGAGCUCGGGUUGAGGCUGCCGACUUAAAUGGUUACCGGGCAGUUCAUGUUGCAGCACAGUAUGGACAAACGGCAUUCUUGAAUCACAUUAUUGCCCACUACGGUGCAGAUUUUGAUGCUACAGAUAAUGAUGGAAGAAGUCCGCUGCUUUGGGCUGUGUACAACGGAUAUGUGGAUACUGUAAGGUUGCUUUUGUUCAGGGAUGCAUACCAAGGGGGGCAAGAUAAAGAAGGCUGCACAGCUUUACACUGGGCUGCAAUACGAGGCAACGCAGAGUUGUGCACUUUGCUUGUACAUGCAGGCACUAAAGUGGAAUUGAUGGUGAAGGAUGAUAAAGGGUUUACUCCUGCUCAGCUUGCAUCUGAUAAGGGUCAUCGGCAUGUCGCUCACAUUCUUUCCAAGGCAACAAGUGCAAAUGGCAAUUCCGGCAAUGAUAAAGUUUGUUCUGGAAGGAUUAGCAAGAUUGGAUAUGCUCCAAUUUUGCUGUUUGUGAUAGUUAUCCUAUUGAUUCUUUUCAUAAACUCCAUCCUUAUUGCACCUAAUUUUAUGAAGGUUACUGCUGUUGUUGGCCUUUGGGUAUGGAUCGGUCUUUCACUUGCAGCUGGUUCACUAGUAAUGUUCUACAGAUGUAGCAGCAAGGAUCCUGGUUAUAUCCUACCAAAUACUGGAUGGUCAGGCAAGAAUGCAGGUGCAGGAGAUCCUCUGUUGGACAUUGAUCUUAACAAUUCUUCAACUUGGACAGGCAGUUGGUCCCAACUCUGCCCUACAUGUAAGAUAAUCCGGCCUGUGCGCUCCAAACACUGUCUUUCUUGCAAACACUGUGUUGAGCAGUUUGAUCAUCAUUGUCCUUGGAUAUCUAACUGUGUUGGAAAGAAAAAUAAAUGGGAUUUUUUUGUUUUUCUUUGUAUGGGGACAUUGACAACAUUUCUUGGUGCAGUCAUUGCAUUUCAUAGAAUGUGGACGGGGUCACCAAAAAUCCCUUCUUCUGAGACAUGGAUUCAUCAUAUGGUGACAGAGCAUCCUGGAGCUGUUACAUUUCUUGUCUUGGAUGUUUUCGUGUUAUCUGGAGCUUUUACCUUGACGGUGGCACAAGCAACACAGAUAGCGCGUAACGUCACCACUAACGAGUUGGCAAAUGCUUAUCGUUACUGGUAUCUUCGAGGACCAGAUGGACGGUUUCGAAAUCCCUAUAACCAUGGUUGCAGAAAGAACUGUACAGAUUUCUUGAUUCAUGGGUACAACAAUGAUGAUAAAAUUGCUUGGCCAUGACUUGAGCAAGCUGCACACCGAGUCUGAGUAAUCAAAUCCAUUUUUUUUUAGGGAAGAGUAAUCAAAUCGUUAUUAUUGAACAUGGCGCAGAUUGAAGUUUCAGGUUGUACACAAACUUUAGUGAAUUAAUUUACGGCUGGCAGUGCCUGAGAUCAAAACUAAUGGACUAGCAGAUUUUCUGGACAAGCUACGAUGAUCCUGCUAUUCUGGGACUUCCCAUGUGUCAGAAUAAUAAUCAAUAUGUGUAUAUUUAAUUCCCUAGAUGAAUUAGGAAAUUGGCCCUCCAUACGUAUCUGAGCGUUUUAUCUGCGAAUGCAGAACACUGCUCAUGUCCACGAGAUGACAUCUGUGCUUGUAAUGGAAACAAAAUUGAAAGUUCGAUAUCAUUUACUAAAUUUAUUACCUUUUUGAUUUCA